AAAUAGACCAGCGUUUCACUUAUUCUUAGUCGUUCGCUACUUCCGUUGUGUGAGUGUCCGUCUUGUAUGUAGUUUUUAUCGUUUUAUAGGUUUUUAGCGUUUCUUAAGAGCAGCCCGCAAUGGCAGAGGCCGAAGGGGGCUCCGAGCAGGACGAUGUCUCAUUCUUACGUACCGAAGAUAUGGUGUGCCUGUCCUGCACCGCGACGGGCGAACGCGUCUGCUUAGCCGCCGAGGGCUUCGGCAAUCGACACUGCUUCCUCGAAAAUAUCGCAGACAAGAAUAUUCCACCUGACCUAUCCCAAUGCGUUUUCGUCAUCGAACAGGCGCUCUCGGUGCGCGCCCUGCAGGAGCUUGUCACCGCUGCGGGCAGCGAGACGGACCAAGAAAAUUUAGGAAAGGGAACCGGAUCCGGUCACCGCACGCUUCUCUACGGUAAUGCUAUACUUUUGAGGCAUUGGAACAGUUACAUGUAUUUGGCCUGCUUAUCCACCAGUUCCAGUAAUGACAAGUUGUCAUUUGAUGUCGGCCUUCAGGAGCACAGUCAAGGUGAAGCGUGUUGGUGGACCGUCCAUCCGGCAAGUAAACAAAGAUCAGAGGGCGAGAAAGUGCGCGUUGGUGACGAUCUGAUUUUGGUAUCGGUAGCGACCGAGCGAUACUUGCACACCACUAAGGAAAACGAACUAUCCGUUGUCAAUGCAAGCUUCCAUGUAACCCAUUGGUCGGUGCAGCCGUACGGUACCGGAAUGUCCCGAAUGAAGUAUGUCGGUUACGUAUUCGGGGGAGACGUGCUUCGGUUUUUUCACGGAGGCGACGAGUGUCUGAGCGUGCCGUCGACGUGGUCCGAAGACCCCGCCCACAACAUCGUCGUCUACGAAGGGGGCAGCGUCAUGUCGCAGGCCCGCUCGCUUUGGCGUUUGGAAUUGGCGCGUACGAAAUGGGCCGGCGGUUUCAUCAACUUCUUUCACCCAAUGCGAAUACGACACAUUACCACCGGACGUUAUCUGAGCGUCAACGAAAAUAACGAGCUCUAUCUCGUCGGCAGGGAUGAGGCGACCACCGCCUCGUCGACGUUUUGUUUGCGUCACGAAAAGGACGAUCAAAAAAUCGUCGUCGAGGACAAGGAUUUGGAAGUGAUCGGUUCGGCGAUAAUCAAAUAUGGCGACUCGACCGUGAUCGUUCAGCACUCGGAGACCGGCCUGUGGCUCUCGUACAAGUCGUACGAGACCAAGAAGAAGGGCGUCGGAAAGGUCGAGGAGAAGCAGGCGAUAUUGCACGAGGAGGGGAAGAUGGACGACGGCCUCGACUUCAGCAGGAGCCAGGAGGAGGAGUCGAAAACGGCGCGGGUCAUUCGCAAGUGCAACUGUUUGUUUGUUCAAUUUAUCAGCGGCUUGGAGGGUUUACAAAUGAGCCGAAGACAAUCGGUGUUUUUCGCGAACGUCAACCUGAACGAGAUGGUGAUGUGCCUCGAGGAUCUGAUCAACUACUUUGCUCAACCAGAGGACGACAUAGAGCACGAGGAGAAGCAAAACAAGCUGAGGGCGCUGAGAAAUCGCCAGGAUCUCUUUCAAGAGGAGGGGAUUUUGAAUUUGAUACUCGAGGCGAUCGACAAGAUGAACGUGAUCACCUCGCAGGGUUUCCUCGCCGGUCUCGCCGGCGAUCAAAGUUGGGAGAUGAUCUCGGGAUAUCUCUAUCAGCUUUUGGCGGCGAUCAUCAAGGGGAAUCAUACGAAUUGCGCGCAGUUCGCGAACACGAAUCGAUUGAACUGGCUCUUCUCGCGUUUGGGUUCUCAGGCCGCCGGCGAAGGAACGGGAAUGUUGGACGUGCUGCACUGCGUUCUGAUCGAUUCUCCCGAAGCCUUAAAUAUGUUAAGGGACGAACACAUCAAAGUGAUCAUCUCCCUACUGGAAAAGCACGGAAGAGAUCCCAAGGUCUUAGACGUGCUGUGUUCGCUUUGCGUCGGUAACGGCGUCGCGGUGCGCAGUUCGCAAAACAACAUAUGCGACUUUCUGCUGCCGGGCAAGAACCUCCUGUUACAGACGCAACUCGUCGACCACGUCGCCAGCAUCCGUCCAAAUAUAUUCGUGGGGCGCGUCGAAAACAGCGCCAUCUACCAGAAGUGGUACUUUGAGGUCACCGUCGAUCACUGGGAACAGACGACGCACAUGAUGCCGCAUCUUCGCAUCGGUUGGGCCAAUACCAAAGGUUACAUACCGUACCCGGGCGGAGGCGAGAAAUGGGGCGGCAACGGAAUAGGAGACGAUCUCUACUCGUUCGGAUUCGACGGCGCCUAUCUUUGGUCGGGCGGGCGAUCUACUCGCGUAAUCAACAACCCCAUCGAGCCUUAUAUUAAGAAGGGGGACGUAAUUGGCUGUGCAUUAGACUUAACUAUACCCAUAAUUUCGUUUACGUUCAACGGGAUUCCCAUUAGGGGAAGUUUCCGCAACUUCAAUUUGGAAGGGAUGUUCUUUCCGUCGAUCAGCUGCUCGUCGAAGUUGAGCUGCCGAUUUCUGCUCGGAGGCGAUCACGGACGCCUCCGAUUCGUACCGCCCGAGGAAUUCUCGCCGCUCAUCGAAAGCUUAUUGCCUCAGCAGAUCCUUAGCUUGGAUCCGUGUUUUUACUUUGGUAACUUGAACAAGUGCGUGCUGGCGGGACCGUUAGUGGUCGAGGAUGACGUGGCGUUCGUGCCGAAUCCUGUGGAUACGUCAGCGUUUUUUCUGGCAGGCUACAUCGAAUCGGUUAAGGACAAACUGGCCGAAAACAUACACGAAAUGUGGGCGAUGAAUAAAAUCGAAGCCGGUUGGCAGUGGGGCGAGUAUCGGGAUGACGUCCGACAUAUACACCCUUGCCUCGUCCCGUUCGAGAAACUACCACCGGCCGAAAAACGAUACGAUUCUCAAUUGGCUGUGCAAACUUUAAAGUAA